AUGGCUCAAAGUCUCAACCAUGGAGCCAACUCUUCUGGUCCAGGUUCAACACCGGUUUCUUUCAAAGCUUUACAUCGGAUUUUAACGUGCAUCGGCAAAAACCAUCUUCAUCCCAAAAGCUUUAUCGAAGCUUGGUUAUCCUCAACCAAUCUGGCAAUUGUGAAAUCUAGAAGGAGGUGGGGUACGGGUGUUGGUCUGGAGUCGACCGGCCGUUUGCUUACCGUAAUCCGAGAUACCGUUCUGGAGAGCAAGGCCGGUCGAGAGUUCUGGGAAGAUUGGGUUUUAUCACAGGCGAUCAUGGUGGCUAGAAAACAACAACCACCAUCUGGUAGUGUUCCAAAAGGUUUCUAUAUCAACGCCUCAAAGGUGACACCUUUGAUGUUCGAUUACGCCGAGGUACACACACGAGACAACAUCCUUGAGCAAUCAAUGCCUUUCCUUUAUAGUCUAAUUCAAUCAAUAUUUGACCAUAAUCUAAAGGCACAAGUACAGGCAGCGGAUCUACAAAACUCACAACGUAAACCAAAUGCAUCCCAAAAUUCCAAUACAUCUUCAAAUAUCAAUUUAUCCAGUCAAUCAACCAACACUCAACCUGCUAUUGAUCGAGAUUUCAAUACUUUAGACUCAGAUGAUGAGUUAUCAGGCGACUUCGAAGUCAGACCAGUUGAAGAUCCAGAAGUUUCUGGUCUUGGAGGAUCAACUUUGGGUGAGGACAACGAAUAUGUACAGAGCUGGGAUGGCUAUGUCUUUCGGAAGUCAAAAGAUCAAGCACAAAAUAUCAAGAAUCGAAGUACUUCAGUGACUCGAACAAUCUGUUCCAUGGUAGCCAAUGUAUGUAAUCGUCGAGUGAACGCCCUCCAGGUGGAGAAUGGUCUCACAAUGCUCGCGUGUGGUGUAUCCGAACGAGUUAAUGCGUACCUUCAAUACACAGCCAUCCAUGCCUUGGAACACUUAGGACAGGAGUUGAAAAAGAAACUGGUCGAUGUGAUGGGGGAGGAGCAUUGGUUAGCUCCUUUCAUUACUCUGGACAAUAUCGACUUUCAAGAACAUGUUCACACACCUACCGUACAGAAGGAAAGUACCAUGUGUAACGGCUCCUGGGGUUACAUACAUCGCCCAAAGAUACCCAAUGGAAUCUCUUCCGACCACGACACUUUCACAGCCGAGCAGUUAAACACCAUACUGAGACUAGCCAAGGGGAAACCUAUCGAUAUCACCGAUGUUACGCCAACACCAACCGAAAUCAAGGAUUGGAAUUUGACCUUGAAAUCUCAAAUCUCACAUGUCUUAGUUAAAUAUGUAGCUGAACCGAUAGAAAGUAAAAAUAUCCCGUACCGAGAUACACCUUCAGUCACUCCACUUCCCACGGAAAAACCUGACAUCAUGAUGCUGAAAAUGAUGUCAGCGUCUGAUAACUCAACUGCAGGCGUAGGCGAGUUAUACAAUGAGGUCUUACAUCAAACCGGUUUAUCAAAGGAGAACGUUGUUGAUGAAAGAGAUCCAUGCUCGGCUCCUGCUGAGAGCUUUCAACACUUGAUCAUGAUACUCGGUGCAGCUCACGUUAUGUGGAAUAUUUCUCAGGCUAUUCUACUAGAGCACUGGGGUAGCCAUCUCGAUGUCAAAGAUAUGGGUGCUUGGCGAGGGAUCGAAGCUCUAGCCGGCCGAUUUGAAAAACCCACGAGUAAAAAGGACUUUACUGCCAUGAUCCGAUCAAUGGAGCGACUCCAUGAAGGUUCAAUCACCUUGUGUAUCCAGCGAGUAAUGAAACUGAACGUUGAGACUGUAGUAAAGGACCGAGUGAAAAUGACGCCUGAAAGGAUGAAGGAUGUCAUUGAUGCGAGAUAUGAUCAGUAUUUUGGUCCCAAAGCUAUUCCUCACGCCGAAGAACAAUGUGAUGAAGAGCUUGGGGCCGGCACUUCCAUCAAGCGACUCAGAGACCUUUAUUCAAUCAAUGUUCCGCUGCUACGUGAAUUUCUACAUCGCCUCAAGGGUCGCUCAGGUCUCAAUGAUGUGUAUCAGUCACAUCAAAACAACAUUGAUCACUGUACAAUGAGGAACUUCCUUCGAAUGGCUCAUCAGCACAACAUCGCAGCUUGUACACCAGGUUCAACGAUAAGAGGUGGUAGCCCGAAAGAUAUGUAUGCAUUAGGACUCGCCAAACUGCGCCUUUUGGCUCGUGAGAAGAAACUGGGUAGGUUCCAUUGGCCCAAAGCUGGUGGUUUGCAUGUUCAAGAACGUGCUGGAGAAGAUCUUAGUGGUAGUGAAGAUUGUGAUAGCAGUGAUGAUCAAGAUUGUGACAGUAGCUCUGACGGAUCAGUAUGA